AAGCAUGGGAGAAACCCAAUGGGAACAACAGCAGAAUUUUAAGUGCUUGUCUUCACCAUGCUCUGGAUCAUCAGCUGUUUUGCUUUUGUGGUCUCCACUCUAGGCUGUGGCGUGCCUUCCAUCAAGCCAGUAAUUAGUGGCUACGGCAAAAUUGUUAAUGGAGAGAAUGCAGUGUCUGGUUCCUGGCCUUGGCAGGUCUCUCUCCAGCAAUCCAAUGGCUUUCAUUUCUGCGGAGGAUCCCUGAUCAGCCAGUACUGGGUGGUCACUGCUGCCCACUGCCGUGUUCAGGCUGGAUAUCACUACGUUAUUCUUGGAGAGCAUGACCGCAGCUCCAGCGCUGAGUCUGUUCAAGUCAUGAGAAUCGCCAAGGCCAUCACCCAUCCUUACUACAACAGUAAUACCUUCAACAAUGACAUCACCCUGCUGAAGCUGUCUUCUCCAGCCCAGCUGACGUCCCGUGUCUCUCCCGUGUGUCUGGCUGCCUCCACGGCCAGCAUUCCCUCUGGCACUAUUUGCGUCACCACUGGAUGGGGCAAAACUGGAACUACCUCAACACCUCGUUUCCUGCAGCAGACCGCGCUGCCCCUUAUGACUCCCGCUCAGUGCAUGCAAUACUGGGGCCAGGGCAGAAUCACAGACGCCAUGAUCUGUGCUGGAGCCUCCGGCGUCUCCUCUUGCCAGGGUGAUUCUGGUGGUCCUUUGGUGUGUGAGAGCUCAGGUGUUUGGUAUCAAGUGGGCAUUGUGUCCUGGGGCACAUCCGACUGCAAUGUUCGCACCCCAGCCGUCUACGCACGUGUCUCUUACCUCCGUCAAUGGAUUGACCAGACUGUCGCCUAUAACUAGAGGUCCAACUCGCUGAACAUAAGGCCAAUAAAAAUCUUCUAAAAAAUCA